AUGAAGAAUAUUCGUCAACUCUUCCCACGAUCUGCUUAUUACUUGAGAGCUGCUACAACCUUGAUGAUGAAUUUCCUAGGUGACUUCUUUGAUACGGUGGGGUAUGCUGCUACAUCUGCGUCUAGGUUUAUGGUGGACAAUAUUGGUCAUGCAGACGGUAUCAUCGAAUCUGCGACCCACAUCUUCCAAAAGGCUGGUGAACAUUCAGUUCGCGGGCUUAUUGACGCGGUGUUGAGACGUUCCCAGACGCUAUUAAGCCCAGAACUUCUUCUGGAAACUUUGACGAAGCUUGUUGUCAGAAUAACUGAGCAGGUGGACAAAGAACCCGUGUUCAGACUGCUCCAAGACGCAUCCAAAUGCUUAUUCAAAUUACUGAGUUCCAUUCUUGACAAGGUCAAUCCAGAAUCGCUUCUUGGGACUGUGAAGGAGCUCACAGCAGCAACCGUGAACGCAAUAAUUGCUAAGGUGGGAUUACUUCGGAUCAUACGCGAAGGCAUAUCCAGCAACGAUGUCACUUUGACAACCCUGGGAGUCAUUUGGAACAAUUGCGGCGAUUUGGCGAAUUUUUUGGUUGACCUUAUCGAACCUGCCAAGUGCUAUUUCCCAGCAAACUAUAUUCCAGCAGACUCAACGACUGAAACAGCAAAAGAAGCACCACCACGUAAUGCAUACAAUAAAUUGGACGCAUCAGUGCUUAUGAAUCGACACGCCGUAAUCUGUCAGUUUCAGAGGCUUGUAAAAUCCUGUGUCUUCAUUGUGAAAGGGAUGGGCAAAACUGUCAAUAUCGACGAGCUGGAGGACAUUGGUAUUACCGAUGGAACCACACUCGGAAGCGACGUCAAAUCUGACGAAUCGAACAUCACUGUUGAAAACCCUUCAAAAGAAAUAUCAACCAAUGAAAAGUGGUUGUACGUCAAUGGUAUCGGCGGAGAGCUCUUUUGGCUGCGCCUUGCUUGUAGAAAAUUGGCGACGCAAUAUUCAAGAGAAGUAACAGGGAUUUUCAACAGGGGUGAUGGCAUUCUUUGGGACUUGGUUGAAUGUGCAGGCGAGAGAACCGCCCAGAGAAACGGCACCACAAGAGAACAGAAGAAACUGAUCCAGAGAACCAAGAGCAGCCGGAUGGCUCAAAAGUCAUUGGUAAAGGAGUUGGAGUCGGCCUUGAAGGAUGAAACUCAGCCUAGACAUAUCGUGAUGAUAGCCCAUUCUCAAGGCUGUCUACUUCUUCGUCUGGCGUUGGAAGAAAUAUUGAAUGGGUCAUACGAGACAACAGACACUGAAAUCCGUGAAAGAAUGGCGGGCCACCUUUGCGUAUUCACAUUCGGAAACCCGAGCGUCGACUGGAAGUGGGAGAUGAACGAACACGCUAUUGAGAAGCUCCAGCGUGACGGUCAGGAUUUGGAAAAUCUCACGAAUCUCAGUUCGCACGUCUUCCUCACCGAGCAUUUUGCAAACAAAAGGGACUUUGUAGCGAAACUUGGGGUGUUGAAUGACAAUAAGCCAGAGCAUAGUGGCUAUGCGCCCGAUUCUAUCUUCAUCAACGAAAAAGAAGACUGGGCUGGCGGCCAUCUCUUUGGGUCACAGUACAGUCUUGACCCAGAUGACUACACAACUGCUGGAGGCAAUUUGAACGGCAAGUCCUCCUGGUUGCUCAAUUGUAUAGAAGGGAAAUAUAAGGGGGAUGUGCUAAGUAAGCUUCUCACACUGGUCAUCACCUGCAUUACUGAGUCCAGGCUAACCCUCUGUUCGUGCAGAACACCGCACGCCCAGUCCUAUGUAAGCUAUCGGUAG